AGGUCAGUUCAUUAAGCCAAUCAGUUAAAAGUUACCUAUAUAAGGAACCCAGCAGGUCGCAUCGAGUCACUGACUAGUGUCAAAGUCUUUACAGCAAUCCUCAUACUAAGCAAGCAUGCAGCGACUGUGGAGAGGAAAACUCCCUUUUAACAGGAAGAAACCUCCAGAGGAUCCUGGCUCAGUAUAAGCAGCCAUCCUCCACGACUCACUGGGGAUGGAGAAGACAGAGCAGACACACACACACACACACACACACACACACACACACACACACACACACACACACACAAACACACACACACACACACACACACACACACAAGCAAAAUAUACUUGUUUUCAAUUACGUUUAUUGGGCCCACUUACAUUUUCUUAGGCCCACCCACAAAUGAGUUUCUGGCUACGCUAAUGGUGACUUUUGACAGACUUCUCUGAGCUCCGCAGCCAUUACACUUUUCACCUCACGCACCCCCUAGCGGCAGCUCACGCACCUCCAGGGUUGUGCGCACCACAUUUUGGGAAUCCCUGGUCUAAAUUUUGCCUAAAAUGUGUUAUUUUGUAAUUAUGUUGUUUAUUUGUUUACAUUUUCCCCUUUAGUCUUUAAAAUACCAAUAUUUACCCAUAACUUCUUAUUUUUUGCCUGUUUGAUGUCAUCAUUUAAAAAUAUUACAUCAGAUGAUACUCAGUACUCAAGUAGCCUUCUAAUCAGAUACUUUUUUACCCUUACUUGAGUAAUAAACCCUAUAUCAGGAGAAUAUUGUCCUCGGUUUGUGUCCUUCCAGUGAGCUUUGCAGAUGUGGGAAAAUGUCAUCAGGCAGUAAUCGUUGUUAAAUUCAUAAUUAUUCUCGGAGAGAGACCAACUCUUAUCUGCCCCUGGGAGCCCCGUAAUGCAUAGCGUCAUUUCAACAUGGCGGUGUCCGCGACACGGUUUAUAUGCAGGUAGCGGCGCUGCGGCUGCUUUAUAUAGCGACUCGUUGCAUUCUCCCUCAACCCAAAUCCUCGGAUCACGCAUUUUAGCUAAAACGCUAACGUUAGCUUGCCUUGCGUUGACUGUAGAGUUGUGGGUGAUGGUCACGCAGAUGUGUCAUGAGAUUUGAAGCGUUGCUGCCUUUCACAGACACUUUUUCUGCUCGUGCUGCAAACAGGAUAGCCGUCUUCUAUCAGCUGUCCCUCGGCAUUCUUCAGAUAUCUAAAAGAUGCCCGUACUUCCCACUUUGUCUUCUUUGAGGGAUAAUAAAUGUCCUGAGCGCUGCCGUCUCCUCCUUUGGCCAUUAUUUCAGCUUUAGCUUCAAGAAAGUUUUGGUUGUAAACAACAAAGCGCGCAUGUGCCGCCGGCAACUUCAGCAGAUGAUACGGUGGCUGGUAAGGGUCACCGCGCCUACACCGCAGCCACGCCGGUUGGAGAUUAAGGUGGAGGGCCUCCCGAGAUCCACCUUCAUCACGACAGGUCAGCACAUUCUCAUCGAGGGAGAGGAUGAAGAUAAUCCCUACGUGGCCAAAGUAGUGCGGCUGUUUGGAGACGAGAGCGGGCAGCAGAAGAAGGCCGUGGUUCAGUGGUUCUUUCGGGUUUCUGAAGUGCCUCUGAGCAAGAUGAAGCUGCUGGGAAGAGAGCCCCACCCCAAGGAGAUCUUCUUCUACCACGGACGCAGCAGCGAAGACGAUGUGGACGUGGAGUCCAUCCUCCGACCGGUCCAGGUGCAACACCUGGAAGCUGCGGCUCCGUUCCCUGACUCCGAUGAUGACACUCUCUACGUGAAGCUCUCCUGGGACUUGAAGACCUUCAGGGUGUUGGAUCCAGCUCUGAUGGCGUCUCCUCGCCAUGCUAAUUCCUCCCUCCCCCCCUCACCCCCAUGCUCACCGCCAGCCGCCACCCCCGUCUCCCGAGCCCCGCCCACCCCGGAUCCCGCUGUCAUGAGUAGAGACACGUCAAGGAGCGUGAGGUCCAGGCGAGCCCCAGCCAGCACUGGUGGAACUGCCGCCUUGGAGGCGGAGCCUCUUCAGCUAGAGGCCAAACUGUCUGCUUCCAAAUGUCUCAGUGCCACGAGGAGGACAGCGGCGGCGAGGACACCGGGCGUCCGCAAGAGGCUGCAGCUCCUCGGUCCAGAGAAGUCCACCCUGGUCAGAGAGGACGUCCUGAACCCGCUGUUGGACGAAGAGCUGGAGCUGGAGGGGACGCCGGCUAAGCACCUGCCCUCCUCUCCCCCCCUCUCCCUCACCUCCCUCAGAAGGAACGACAGAACCGUCGCCCCUCUGGACGCCAUUGGUCUGACACCGUCCUCUGUCCCCAUCAUCAAAAUGUCCCUCAUGAACACCAGCAGAGCCACCGCUCCUUCUAGACGCAAAGAAUCAGAACCCGUGACGGAGCCGUCCCUCGGUGUUCUGGCCGAGGAGGAGGACGAAAACGCCCCAAAGCUGCAGGCUGGCGCCGCACCGAGGAGCUCCAGGAGGAAGUCGGUAGUGAAAGUUUUGUCUCGCAUCAGGAAGCAGCUGAGCUUUCUGAACGACCAGCUGGACCCGAACUCUGAUGGGGACGAUGAAGACGAGUUUGUUCCAUCCAGGAAGGAGCUGCAGACCACCGAGGAAGAGGAGGAGGAGGAGGAGGAGCUGGACAGUGAUGAAGAGGUUGUGGUGAAGAAGAGCCGCGGCUCGGCGGCUCUCACUCCUCGACCGAAGCAGAAAACCAACUCCACGACCCGAACGCCGAAGAAGACUCCGAGGAAGCAGGCUGCUCCGAGCACGCCACGGACCCCUCGUACCGCCACGCCCAUCAUCCCCAGCAGGUCGCUGCCGGCCCGACGACCCGCCAACAUCCUGGAGGAGGCCAGAAUCAGGCUCCACGUGUCCUCGGUGCCCGAGUCGCUGCCCUGCAGGGAGCAGGAGUUCCAGGACAUCUACAGCUUCGUGGAGAGCAAGAUCCUGGACGGCACGGGGGGGUGCAUGUACAUCUCAGGGGUUCCGGGAACGGGUAAGACGGCCACGGUGCACGAGGUGAUGCGCUGCCUGCAGAACGCGGCUGACAUGGACGCGAUCCCUCCGUUCUGCUUCGUGGAGGUAAACGGGAUGAAGAUGACGGAUCCUCAUCAGGCGUACGUUCAGGUCUUGCAGAAGCUGACGGGUCAGAGAGCCACAGCCAAUCACGCUGCAGCGCUGCUGGAGAAACGCUUCAGCAGCGCGGCGCCGAGGAAGGAGACGACCGUUCUGCUGGUGGACGAGCUGGACCUUCUGUGGACGAGGAAGCAGAACGUGAUGUACAACCUGUUCGACUGGCCGACGCGCCGCCACGCCCGCCUGGUGGUUCUGACCAUCGCCAACACCAUGGACCUGCCUGAGAGAAUCAUGAUCAACAGGGUGGCCAGCAGGCUGGGUCUGACCCGGAUGUCCUUCCAGCCGUACUCCUUCAAGCAGCUGCAGCAGAUCAUCACAUCUCGGCUGAACAAGGUGAAGGCCUUCGAGGAGGACGCUCUGCAGCUGGUGUCCAGGAAGGUGGCGGCUCUGUCGGGCGACGCGCGGCGAUGUUUGGACAUCUGUCGGCGAGCGACGGAGAUCUGUGAGCACUCGGCCGCCGACCCCUCUGCUUCAGGAUUGGUGGGGAUGGGUCACGUGAUGGAGGCGCUGGAGGAGAUGUUCUCUUCCUCUUACAUCACUGCCAUCAGGUGUGCGUCGACGCAGGAGCAGCUCUUCCUCAGAGCAGUCAUCGCAGAGUUCCGGAGGCAGGGAUUGGAGGAGGCCACCUUCCAGCAGGUGUUUGUGCAGCACCAGGCCCUGUGCCGGGUGGAGGGUCUGCAGCCCGUCAGCGUGUCUGAGGGUCUGGGGGUGUGUCAGCGUCUGGGAGCCUGCAGGCUGCUGCUGCUGGAGUCCAGCCUCCUGGGAGUCCUGCAGAGGGUCCGCCUCAACGUGAGCCAGGACGACGUCCUCUACGCCCUGAAGGCCGACUGAGACGAGGGGGGACUCCUCACUCCACCUUUUUACUCCAGAUGUCUUCAUCUGUCUGGUUUUAAGAAACUGUUGUGUGUUUGUGUGAAAUGUGAGAUUUUAGAGCUUGUUUUUAUGUUUCAGGGUUCAAUUAAGCAAUAAAACGCCUUUAAUAUAAAAUCA